AUGGUCAUGGUCGUUGCAGACCCUAUGAAACUUUUCAGUGAUUUGGAGCAGUUCCUUGAACCGAACAAAGACAUCAUUUUCUACAAUAGGUUCUUCAACCACGAAGUUAUGGCCGGGUCAUACCUGGUGAGACGAAGUGUCUUUUCCAAGUGGUUUCUACGCGGAUGGGCAGAUUACGAGUUUUCGCUGCCAAACUCCUUCCACGGUAGAGACAAUGGAGCCCUUCACAUGUGGAUGACUAAGCAGCUGCCUAAUGCUAAGAAAUGCGAGCAGUUAUGGAAUGCUUCGACUGGCUACGAUAGCCUAUCGCGUUAUACCGUAUGUUGCCGUAAAUUACUGCGCAACGCAUCUUUUCCAAAUAUUCGUGUUCUAGAGAAGGGACGAGCAUGGGCUCGUGAUGGAUGGCUUACAAAUAGCCAUUGGAAUCCCGAGAUCGACUUCAUGUUUCAUGCAAGGAAAGAAGCUGACAAGAAGAACUACACGACGGAACAUAUUGGGCAAGAUUUCAUAAUUGGGCUGUGCGACCCCCUA